UCUUGAACUUUUCAUAUUGAGGAAAUGCGUGGCAUGGUGAAGGCGGCAGCAGAAGUGCUGUGGGUCCUGAGUGUGAGUGUGGUGUGGCGUUCGGACGCUCUCUGUUCACCCGCUGUGUUUUACAAGGAUUGCUGGAUCCGACGCUUUCCAGGUUUCCUAAUUGACCUGGAGGAAUCUCAGAAGUUUGGAGCCCGGUUCCUAAAGUAUUACUCAGAAAGCACAGGCCAGAAGUGUGGGAGGAGCUGUUGUCUUACAAAGGAUGCUCCCUGCAAUCUGGCUAUUUUCUUCCAUGAUCCCAUCCAUGACAAUGUCAACUGCCUUCAUGUUUACUGCCCGACCCUGGAGAGUUGCAUCUUACAGCCUAGGCAUAGUGCCAUUCUGUACAACAUCACAGCAGGUAUUGAUCCAGAUUUGCUUGCUUUUCAAAAAUCAUCUACCAAAGAUCCAAGUACACGUUCUUCAUUUAAUAGACAGAACAGGCUAACCAAUGUAAAGGCUGCUAAUUUAGAAAAACACAAAACUAUCAUGGUAAGCCCCAUGUUACUGUCAGUAGAGGCUCCAGCUUCAACCACAUAUCAAGAUCUGGUUGUAAAUACCAGCAAUACUAGUUUUUCCAAUGCCACAACCACAGAGUCUUGGACAACAUCCAUUCCACUGAAUGACUUAGUUACUACACAGAUAAAUAUGGCUUCAUCCAGUCCUGAUCUCCUCAAUAGUCUGGGUAAUAGGACAAUUUCUCCUGCAUCUAAGACUAUAGAAACAAAAAUACUUUCACACAUGCCUAUUCCACAGCAUCUCAACAGUAGCCAACAGCUCUUGAAUGAAACCAAAUGGUACAACAGCCGGAACUACUCUUCUGAAAAUGAAGAAGAGAGGACAGUUGGGGAAUCCGUGACUUCAAACACACGGCUGGUUCCUGUAGCACUCAGCACAUCAAUCAUCCUCCUUUGCUCUUGUCUGGUCUUUCUUGUAUCAGGAUGCUGCCAGAAACGACAAGGCCAUUAUAAGCCAACACACAACGAAACGCACCACUGAAAAGGGGAAGGUUGUAACGACAGUUAAGGGUGCAGGGAUGAUGGAAAACUUUUAAAGUUUACUUCAUUAUCGACAUUGGUAAAAUAUAA